AUUCCUGGGUGAACACGGUAGAACAACUGCUGCCUCCUUUGGCGAGAAGCUCCAUCCUUCCAUCUGCUAGGUAGGAGGAGGAAGUGCUAUGGACCAGCUGCUGAAUCUCCUCUAUCUGAACUUCUCCGAGCAUCUGAGUCUGUUGGAAGAGAACGGCAUGUCCUGUAGCGAGUCGGUGGGGAACAGCACCUUCCUGAUUGUGGCUUACAGCGCCAUCAUCGCAGUAGGGUUGAUGGGCAACCUCUGCCUGGUGUGUGUCAUUGUGCAGCAGAAGGAGAUGAGGAAUGUCACCAACAUCUUCAUCGCCAACCUCUCCUUCUCUGACAUCCUCAUGUCCCUUGUUUGCAUGCCUGUCACAGUCAUUUACACCCUGAUGGAUCACUGGAUCUUGGGAGAAGUAAUCUGCAAGGUCAGCCCCUUUGUUCAGUGUGUUUCUGUCACAGUGUCCAUCCUGUCCCUGGUCUGGAUUGCUCUGGAGAGGCAUCAGCUCAUCAUCAACCCAACUGGAUGGAAACCAGCAGCCAACCAUGCUUAUAUGGCUGUAGCUCUCACCUGGGUGGUGGCCUGCUGUAUUUCUCUGCCCUUCCUGUCCUUCACCAUCUUGACCAAUGAGCCUUUUCAAAACUUAAGCCUUCCCUUUGACUCCCUUGCCAAUCACCUGGUCUGCAUUGAGCACUGGCCCUCUGAUCAGCAUCGCCUGUCUUACACUACCUUCCUCCUGCUCUUCCAGUAUUGCCUACCUUUGCUCCUCAUCCUUGCCUGCUACUUCCGCAUCUUCCUACGCCUUCAGCGCCGGAAGGACAUGGUGGAACGAGCAAAGGAUGGUUCCCGGGCCACUAGCCACCGGAAGGUCAAUGUCAUGUUGGCUUGCAUUGUGGUUGCUUUUGCUGCUUGUUGGUUUCCCCUCAUGGUUUUCAAUGCCCUUUAUGACUGGGACCACGAGAAGAUCUCAGUGUGUUACUAUAACUUAAUCUUCUCCCUCUGCCAUCUCAUGGCCAUGGCUUCCACGUGCAUCAACCCCAUCAUCUACGGGUUCCUCAACAGCAAUUUUCAGAAGGAGGUCAAGGCCUUGCUGUAUCGCUGCAGCUGUAGUCGUGAGAAGGAGAAGUAUGAGAAUUUCCCUCUUUCCACCAUCAGCACAGAGGUUUCCAAGGCCUCGCUCCAUAGUGAGGGUGGUACCAGUGCCCCUGCGUGAUGGCUGGAUCCCAUGCAGGACCUCCCGAGAGCAACCACUCCUUUCCUCAACACUGGGCAAAGUGUGGAUCAGCUCCACUCUUUGUGUUUGCAUCUUUCCAAGUCUUCUGCUUCCCGUCUUAUAACCAAACUUAUAUCAGGGAUCCUCUAAAGUUGCUGGGAAGAGAGAGAGAGAAGUGAAAUUUGACAGAAAUAGAGAAUGAUUUGGAGGCCCAGAGAACUCAAAUUUCUUAGGGACCAAUGUAUUGGCCACUUGGAGGUCAGGUUUUCUCUUUGUUCCUGAGCCCAAAUCUUUAGUCUACCUAAACACUGGGUGAUCUGAAAGCUUCUUAGAGAAUAUAAAUACAUUGAAAUGUAUUGAGAGAGAUGUUUGAGGAAUUGCAUAACUUCCUAAUAUGACCCAAGGGCUCCAAAAUUGCUCAGAUGCUUUGCAAAGUAACCAUCCACCUCAUUUUCAAAUUCCUGCUGUGGGUGAGUACCUGGUUCGCUGACCCUGACAAAUUGUUUCUCAGAAAUCAAUCAAUCAAUCAAUCAUGCUAGAUAAAGAUUUCCUGGAAGUAAACUUGCACAGCGUGCCCAACCUCUGCAACCACAGAAGAACACUGGGUAUGUUCUAGAAUCAUGU